AUGGAUGGGGAUGAUGACUUAGACCUGUUAGCAUCUCUCUUAGAGGAGAAUGAAGCCCAAGAAGAUUCUGCACAGGAGAAAAGAGCAGCUGAGCAUCAAGAUGAGUAUGAUUUACUCUUUGAGGCGGAAGACGAUGAGUCCUACACCGAGGAGCUGGAAGCAGAAGAGGAGGGGUCCACUGGUAACCAGGAAAACAUGGCUGAGAUCUUUGGGGACGUGACUGACCUGUUGGAGGAAGAGAAGAAAGAGGAAAACAUUCAGAAGAUGUCCCGUCCUGUAGCUCCUGAUCAAGUGAUAGAACCUUCCAAGGAAGAUCUUCAAGAUGAGUUGAGAAAAUUGCAAGAGCAGAUGAAAAAAUUGCAGGAGCAGUUACAAAGCACAGCGAUUGGAAAGCCAGCCGAUUCUCAUCUCUGCAAGAAAACAUCUGGUAAACCAACCGCUCCUGUCAUUAAGGAAAGGACUCCUUCAAAGGUUCAAAAAUGCCCAUCUUUUUCAGCUAAGGGGAACAGUCCACCUUUACCGCUGCCAAAAAGCCAGUCCCAGAAACCCAAAUCUAUGAUUGCAGUGAAUAAGAACCACACUUCAAAAGCUACGUCUAGUCUGCUCUCUCAACCCCUUAAAUCGGUGGUUGGAAACAGACCCGCUAUGGAUUCCAGUAAGAAAAUUCCAGUAACAAAAAAUUCUGAGGGCAAAAAUCAAGAUGUUUCCAUGGAAAUCUACUCUGGGCUGAAAUUAAGAAAACCCCGCGUCUCUUCGGCUGAGAUGGAAAGAAAAAUGACAGGGCGGCAGCUGAUUAGACUCUCUCUGCUGCAAGACAAACUCCGCUUGGCCAAUCUUGAAGAAAUGGACUGGGUGACCUUUGGCAUCAUAAUAAAGAAAAAGACUCCUCAGAGUUCCAGCAACGGUAAGACGUUCAGCAUCUGGCACCUGAAUGACCUCCGGGACUUCAGUAGGUCUGUCUCACUCUUCCUGUUUGGGGACGUUCACAAAGAACACUGGAAGACGGAUAAAGGCAUGGCUGUAGGCCUCCUCAACGCUAAUCAGAUGAAACCCAAGGAAGGAUCAGAGGAGGUGUGUCUAUCUGUCGAUCACCCUCAAAAGAUCCUGAUUUUAGGGGAAGCCAUGGACUUGGGAACUUGUAAAGCGAAGAAAAAAAACGGAGAGCCUUGUACUCAGAUGGUUAACCAGAGCGAGUGCGAAUAUUGUCAGUAUCAUAUACAAACCGAGUAUCGGAAACUGAGCUCCAAGCGAGCAGACCUGCAGUCCACUUUCUCCACCACCCGGGCACCGAAGAAGACAGCAAAGAGGAACCUCGGCUUGAAAGGGAGGCUUUGUCAAGACGGCUUUUACUAUGGCGGCGUUUCCUCCGCGGCUUAUGCCGCUUCCGUGGCUGCUGCUGCCGUUCCCAGACAGAAAAUCCAAACGACUUUGACAAAUUUGGUGGUAAAAGGAGUGGAUGCAAUCCUGCAGGAAACCAAAGGAAAACUGGGUCUGCCAAAGCCACCCUGUUCAGAAGAAUUCAAGGAACUGUUGGCCGUGCCCUCGUCUGGAGCCCGGAACCUCAGUAAACACUUCAACCGAGGUGGGGCCUUAGGAUUUACAGGAAAGCCAACCUCAGCUGUCCACUCCAUCUCUGCCUCAGCAUUGCUGAAGCUACAGAAACGGCAAAUGUUGGAGGCCCGGAAGCAAAGAUCUAAUGAAAUACAAAGGAGGUUUCUCCAGGAUUCUGCUCCUAAAAGGACCCCAGUAUCACCCUCCUCUGUGGGGCAGGCUGUGGUACAGUCCCCAACCCCAGGGGCCGAGUUUCCUAAAGCUGGACAACUAUCCAGCCCCCAGACUCCCAGACUUGGUUCAGGCGUCUCUAAAGGGGACGACGUUCUCUUUUUUGAUGAUUGCCCCCCUCCGGCCCUCAAACUGAGCCGCGUGGCGGAAGCCAAAAAGAUUGCAGCGAUACGGAAACUGCGUGCAAAAGGGCAGAUCCUUUCCAAAGAAGAUCCAAACAGCGUCAAACGGAAACGGUCAGAUCUCGACGUUCCGGGGAUUUCUGAAAGAGUGGAGAAAAAUAUCACCAGUUCAGAAGACGGGGGAGCGCCAGAGCCCGUUGAAAAGAAACGGCGCCAGCAGCUUGAAUACUUGGAAUCGGCGGAGUUUCAAGAGAUCCUGAACGCUCGAUCGAAACACACCGGCGUCCUUAAGGAGUUUGAGGCUGAGAUGCAGGAACGGUAUUUUGAGCCCUUGGUGAAAAAAGAACAAAUGGAAGAGAAGAUGAGGAACAUCCGAGAAGUAAAAUGUCGUGUGGCAACAUGCAAAACGUGCAACUAUACCUAUUUCAAACUGCUGGAUUCGUGCGUGGCGGAACGUCACGAUUACCGCUAUCACAAUGGGGUGAAGAGAUUUUUCAAGUGUCCCUGUGGGAACAGAGCCAUUUCUCUUGAUAAGCUGCCCAAAAAACACUGCAGUAAUUGUGGCCUCUUUAAAUGGGAACGUGAUGGAAUGCUCAAGGAGAAGAAAGGUCCCAAAAUUGGGGCAGAAACUCUUUUGCCAAGAGGAGAAGAGCACGCCCAGUUUCUGAACAGCAUGAAAUAA